AUGUCAAAAGUUGCUUCUCGCUGUCAAAAUUGGCGUUGCGUGAUUGCAACUCAAAUCCACCUGCGACUUAGGGAACAUGAAGGCGCCACACGCCACACCAAUCCACCUGCCACCCGAAAACUGUCAAACAGACAAUGGAAAAAGUCAAGCGAGAUCUUUGACAGCUCCUUCCGCCUGGGGGGCACUUUUUCUCUCCCCCCCCUGGCCCCUCUGCAUUCCUCCUUCUCCUCCGCCUGUGUAACUUAUCCGCCUUUUUAUCAACACAGCGACGGAAUGGAAUUCACAUUCAACACUUUCGCCAGGGUGACACUCGCUAACGCGCUGUUUGCUUGGUUGUGCGCGAAAAGUGAUACACACGGUAGGGGGGAGGGAGAGGGUGAGAAGAAUCCACCCUUUAACCCCCAUCCCCCACCGCUGUCCGGCAGAGAGGAUCUCAAAGGGCCGCUGUCGAGAUACCGAAAACCUCAAAAAGCGUGCGUGCGCGCGUGCGUGCGUACGCAGGUGCGCAGGUGCGAUCAUGUGAACGGUGCUCAAGUCGCUGCGCAUGUUUGUGGAGGCAAGAAGGAGGCGCGUUUCCUCCGCUGGCCGUCAGGGGACAAGUGGACUGCGUAACCGGAGAUACUGUUUUUUCCCCCAUCGCAUCAUGAGUUCUCCUCCGUCAACUUCCUUCUCGUGAAUCGUUUCGUUGUCAUCAUUGUCGUCGUCGUCGUCGUCUUCUCCUCCUUCUUCUUCUCUCCGAGCUUUUUUGGUCACCAAAAAAGUCAAGGAAGGGAAGCCGAGGUAAAAACACCCCGUCGUUUCCUGCGCGUGCGUGCGAGUCAAAUACUUGGCCUAGUUUGGAAGGAAGGAGGAGUAAAUAUUGAGAUAUUAGUGGCUGUCGCAGUCCUUCGAAUCGUGCGUCCCUGUGCUCUGGUUAUAUCGGCAGACGCCAUCAACUCCAUGGCAGUUCGCCGUGACAUCGGUUGGGGUGGGGUGGUGUGGUGGAUUGCCAUGAGCAAAAUUAUCUGA